AUGUCCCCACUGCUCACAAAUCCCUAUCUCAACCGCACCAAAAAGCACAAAAAACGGCCCCCCACCGCGGCGGACCUGACUGAGCUGCGUCAAAACCCCUGGGCCGUGGCUCUAGCGUCACCGGCACGCAUGUGUUCCAUAACAGCAGUGCGAGCGCCUCGUGCGCUCCUGACGGAAUGGGGUCUAGUGCACCGACCCAACAGCGACAAAUACUGGUUUCUGCCGACAGGGCUCUUGGGAGAUGAUAUUAUAGAACCCAAGAGCAACGACGCUGAGAUAGCGGACUCAUCUCAAGCGGCGGGACAGAGAGCCAGCUCCUGGCAAUGUCUGAAGCUACGCACGAUAAAUAGUCUUUCUCUUCUGCGGAGAAUGGAGAUGCGGUUUUCGCAGUUUAAGACCAAGCCAAGAAAGCCGAGCUCGCCAAUCAUGCGCCUGGUUCCUUAUCGGUGGAAAUAUCCAAAUGGUCCGAUUACUGCGCAUGAAGCGAGCUUGUUGGUCUGGAGACGGGGAAUGCCCGACUUUGUUCUGGAGAAGAUGAGGGUGGAUGUUCUGAAGAGGUUGAAAAAUGUCUCGGGGGCCCAGUAUGAUAAGCAUGAGAGAGAUGGCGUGUGGAGGUGUAUUGAAAUGGACGAAGUCUCGGAAACUGUGCUUCUGCAGGGUCUGAAGCGUAUGGGGUCUUUCGAGCGCGUAGAAUGCGGUGCCAUCUUGAUCAUGGGGUCGUCACAGGCAGGUGAUGGUGCAGUCGCUGGCAUGUAUUCGUUGCCGGAUUUUAUUGCGCUUCCUCAGACGGCAUCUAAGGUCCCUCUGUUUGAUCUAUCUCGACUCCUGUCCGACGCGGAACGCGACGAACUGCGACGAUUCGAUCCGAGGUUCCAGAACAUGGGACUCUAUUUUCGACCCAAUGAUGCUACAACCAUCGAUGCGUUUCUGGCCCUGUGGAAGCUCCAGGGGCUUGUCAGGCACGGUUAA